CAAGAAAGGUGUGGUCUCUAACCUACCCCAAAGAACGCUACCAAGACGUCUAGCUAGCUAGAUAGAGAGCAGACGUCUUGAACACAGAGACAACGAUGGCUAAUGAAGAUAAGAACUCCAAGGCAGUGGUGAUGAAGCCUCCCUCCGGUCCCCUGGCCAUUAGACAGCGAGGGAAGAUUAAGAAACCACCCAAAACAGCUCUAGAAGAGGAAGAAUUCACUGGGGUAAUAACCACAAUUAUUCGGAGAGACUUCUUCCCCGACACUGCCAAACUAGAGGCUCAGUUGGAGUUUCUCGAGGCCUCUGAGACUAACGAUCACGAACGACUUCGGCAGAUUUCCGAGCGAUAUGCGACCACAACUCACACCCCAGCAUCAGCCACCCCCUCCACCUUCGAGACCCCCUCGUCAACACCCAGUACUAGAGAGAAACUGAAACGAAGUAAAGACUCAAGUAGCGGCACUCCCAGUAGUGAACUGCCACCUGACGCCAAGAAACCAAAACCAGAGGAGAUUAAAUCGCUGGACGAGUUCCUAUACAAGUAUAACAGUGAAGAUGAUGCUUCCUUCGAUGAGAUUUUAGAGAAAGCUGAAGAGGAGAGAGAAAGAAAAUACGCGUGGUUGUAUCACCAGGAAGAGGAAUAUCAGAAACCGUUAGCUCUGCCAAGUGGAGAACAACAGUUGGCCAUUACUGAUGGCUCCAAAACUACUUCACGUAAUAUCCAAAGAUCCGGUGUAGAGACGUGGGCGUAUACUGCUAAGAAUAGUCUCAUGUACGUACCCGACGAAGUUGAGGACAGUGUUAAAGAGAGCUUGGAUAAAUCGAUAAAGAAGAGGGAAAUUGUUUACCCAAACACACGGCUCUCGAGAAGUUUCUUACAGAAGACGUCAGCAGCUGUGGUUAAGGCCACUGCUGGAGAAGGGGAGAGUGUAGGGGGGAAGAAGGAUAAGGAGAAGGUUGGUGUGGACGGAAAGAUGAUGGCUGAAUCUGAGACUCCUAAGGUCAAUGGCUUUGGCUUUGUGGCUACUCCUCAGAUACACCCAGGAGUGGAUGCUUCCCCCCUCAUGACCUGGGGCACUAUUGAUGGUACCCCCCUCAGACUAGAGACUGACAUCCUCCCCACCUCUGCCCCUGCCUUCAAGAUCAUGGACGUCUCCAAGAGAGAUGCUGUUGGAUUGAGACUGGCUGAGAGUGCGGCCAAAGCUACCAAAGAGAGGAAGAAGGCAGCUUCUCUGGCAGCCAGUCCCGCUGUGUUGAGGAAGAAGCUCGGAGCCACACCCACUGUCACUCAUCGAUUACAGAUGCUCUCCCCGGCUGCUCGUAAACUAGCCUCUCGUACUACGACCCCCAGCACUCACCACGCCCUCAGAGCAAGCUACACACCCACACACAGGAGCAGUGGAUCCACCCCUAGACUGACCACGCCCACUACUGCUGUGACCACACCCGUUGACUCCACUCCCUCACUAACAGACAAUCUACUCAAACUGUCUAGCAGAGUUAAAUAAUGACAUUAAAAAUUAAUCAUUAAUUUUUGCUAUUCUGCACAUUGUACUGUUAUUAAAUUUUAUACACCUGUA